UAUUGUGAUUAGUGAUUUAUGAUCGAUAUUUGGUCAAUUUAAUAUGUUUAUACUUUAUAGUUUAUUUGAUUUAAAUUUGAUAGGAUCAUGGCACUAAAGGAACAGUCACACGAUGAUGCAUGGGUUCAUGCCCGAAAGCUAGAUGGAAACCGUCAUCAUUGGCAAUGUAUUUAUUGUGACUACAUUGGUAAAGGUGGAGGAAUAACUCGAGUAAAAAUGCAUUUGGCUGGUGGGUAUCCUGACGUUGCAAAAUGCAAGAAGGUUCCAACGGAGAUCCGUAAAUUAUUUCAAAGCAAGAUGAAACAAGCAAAGGAAGAUGCAUUAAAAAAGAAGGCAAGAGUUGAGGAAGAAUAUCAUAGGGCUACACAGGAACCAGUUUAUGAUCAGUAUGAGGGUUGCGGCGAUGAAGUCGACCCGGAUCUCACAGCUGGGAUUCGUGCAUCAUUGGAGCAUCAGCAUACGGUCGAUAAAGCAAUGAGGCAUCGACGACCUGACUCACAAUUAGAGCAUGGUAGUGGUAGUGGAAUCCAGAGGUCAACCAGCAUGAGGCAACCAACUGCUCCUUCUCAGUUAGGCCGAACUAGUAGCAUGAGGUAUGGUGGACUCCGUGGUUUUAUGAGAGGUCUUGGCAGGAGGUCCGCACCAGAUAUUGUUGAUAUUGAUCCGCAAGCCUAUCCCCCACAAACAGCGAAACAGACACGGAUUGACGAUGCAUAUACAAAAGAAAAAAAACGGGAUAUUGGGAAGGCAAUCUCAAAAUGGUUCAACUUUCAUAGGAUUCCAGCCAACACAGCCCAAGGUCCAUAUUAUCAGAGCAUGAUCUCCUCUAUUCAAAAGUCUGGCACGGGGAUCCAACCUCCAACACCGAAGGAGAUUCACGGCGUGUACUUAGAUGAGGAGGUGGCAGAACUAAAGGAUUGGAUCAAAUCCUUCAAGAGGCAAUGGGAUGAAUAUGGGGUGAUAUUGAUGUGUGACAGUUGGACAGGACCAACAAGAAUGAGUAUCAUCAACUUUCUUGUUUAUUGCAAUAGAAGAGUGGUGUUUCAUAAGUCCGUUAAUGUUUCUGAAAAGAUCCAAGAUGCAAACUACAUUGAGAGCUUGAUGGACACUAUGGUAGAGGAGAUUGGACCACAGUAUGUUGUCCAAAUAAUAACCGACAAUGGAGCGAAUUUCAAAAAAGCCGGUUUGCAAUUGAUGGAAAAAAGAAAAACUUUGUUUUGGACUCCAUGUGCAGCUCAUUGCAUAGAUCUAAUGCUAAAGGAUAUUGGUGAGUUGGAUACAGUCAAGAAAUGUGUAGCUCGAGCACAAUCAAUUACAAAGUUUAUAUAUAAUCAUCAUUGGGUCCACGCAUUAAUGCAAAAGUAUGUAAAUGGUGAGAUACUUCGACCUGGAAUUACUCGGUUUGCUACAAAUUUUAUUGCAUUAAAAUCAUUACAGCAAAAAAGACAUGGCUUGAAGGCAAUGGCUAGCUCACAAGAGUGGUCUGAAUCCAGAUAUUCGAAAUUGAGUGAUGGAAAAAAGAUAGAAAAGACCAUUCUUUCAUCUAGAUUUUGGGAGACUAUAGCAGAAAUCAUAAAAGGUGUGGAACCACUUUAUAUUGUCCUCCGUAAGGUCGAUAUGGACAAGCGUCCACAAAUGCCGUAUCUUAAAUAUAUGCUGAUUUCAGCAAGAGAGGAGGUCAGGAAAGCAUUCAAAGAUGAUUUUAAGGCCGACCAAUACGUACGAAUCAUUGAUCGUCGGACCGAAGUUCAUAUGGAUCAAGAUAUCCAUAAUGCAGCGUAUUAUCUAAACCUGGCAAUUCAAUAUCGAUAUGCUCUCGGAACGCAAAAUAAUUUCCUAACGACACUACGAAAUGUUAUAUAUCGACUCUUGCCAAACACUACCGAGGCAGCCGAUGCUCUUAUGGAGGGUCGAUUAUUUCGAGAAACAGUUGGUUCAUUCUCCGACGUUGUAGCUAUAUCAUGCCGUUACACUAUGGAUCCUGUCGAGUGGUGGUUACAAUUUGGAGGCGAUGCACCACAUUUAAGGAAGGUUGCCGUUCGUGUACUUUCAUAGACAACAACAUCUAGUGGUUGCGAACGUAAUUGGUCAACGUUUGCGUUGAUUCAUACGAAAGUCCGC